AAAUGUCGCAUUUUGCUUUGGCAUGGCGACAUUUCAAAAAGGUUUGAAAUACGUUAGUAUAAGUGCUGAUCAUGCACCUUUAUGUUCCAGGAUUUAUCUUGUACUGGCGUUGAUGAAAUGGAUGGAGAACUGCUCCACGGGUUUAUCAUAAACACCAACUUCAGUUGUGCAUGAAAGCUGCAUGAAAAAAUAAAUAAAUAAAAUUAAACAGAAUGCUAAAAUAUGUUUCCAACACUAGGAAUAAGGCGGCUUGUAAGAUUUUUCAGCUUACAGGUUACAAGUCAUUUCCAUCGACUUGGAAAUGACUUGUAACCAAUCCACCCCCUGCACAGAACCGGAUCAGGCACCAUCACCGGCACCACUUUGGUGGAAAAGAGAUGUCAGUUUGAGAUUUAAUUUGUGCAGACAGAAACAUAUCACUCCGUACAGCAUGUACUGUACCUAACACUUCAAGUGGCCUUAGCGUACACCCCAAACAUGUGGUUGAGUUACGGAGCUGACCCAACUGUCUCUGCCUUAAAGUCCACCGCAACAUCUGCACACCAUAAAAUACUAAACCUGUACUUGUUCAGUAGCCAAAUGCCCUCAUAAUUCCAACACAGUUCAACUAAACGUAAAGCCUUACCUCGAAAUAUCUAUGAAUUACACUGGUCCGAAUUUGACGGAACCUUGGAGACGACUGCUCUCUGACAUUCAGACAUUAACGUGAGAGAUAUAUCGAAACAUUGCUGAGGACACACUCUUAUGUUACAAGUCUUUCGGUCCCUGUAAAGAUAGUAAAUGAGAAGAGGCAAGCUAGACAUAUUUCCCAGCGGAGAUCUGUGUAGAAAGCAUCUGCGUGAAAGUCUGAUGAGAGUUUAUGAUAGCAGCCUUGUCUUAAAGCGCAAAUAUUUAUCAAGACAAACACGGAAUAGGCUUCAAAAGAAAAGGCAUUUCUGUUUUCCCUCGAAAGCUCUCAGUUUUAUAGACGAGGAUCAGGACACAGCAAGGAAAUGUCACAAUGUGUUUAUCUGAGAAACCGGAACUUACAGUUUGCUGGCAUAUCAGCGUGACUUCACCCUUAGUUUCGUUCCUUUAUUUAAUCUCCCUGAAAACAUUGUCUUUGAUUCAGAAACCCAGACUGCGUUUAAAGAGACGAGACAGACCUUAUAUUAAAUUAUGGAGUGAUGGGAACUUAAACAGAGCAUUAUAUUGGCUUGAGUGUUGCUUAUUUAGAGAGAUUACAUGAGGAGGAAUGCUAAUUCGUCACACUACAUGCUAAUUACAGGCUAGUAGUGGGUACGAAAGAAACUUUUAAGAAGAAACUUGUGCAUUUAGUGUUCCAUGUUGCUCUGAUAAACAGAUAGUGGCCAUUAAAGGACAGGCAACCUGGCAGAGACAGAUAAAGCAUCUCACUUUCUCUCUCUACAUGCCCCUUUCCCUCUCUCUCUCUGUUCAGUUGAUUAUCUCUAAGCUGGUUCUGUCUUUCUUCUUAUCUGUCUUCCUCUCUGUUUCGCUCUGUCUCUGUCACCCGCUCUCUCUAGACACGAGUUAUUGGAAGAAGCCAGAAGAAAAGGGUUACCUUUUGCUCAAUGGGACGGUCCUACUGUUGUCUCAUGGUUGGAGCUGUGGCUAGGGAUGCCAGCGUGGUAUGUCGCAGCUUGUCGUGCCAACGUAAAAAGCGGCGCUAUCAUGUCGGCCCUGUCGGACACCGAGAUCCAGAGAGAGAUCGGCAUCAGCAAUCCUCUGCACCGCCUCAAACUGCGCCUGGCUAUCCAGGAGAUGGUCUCGCUCACCAGCCCCUCAGCUCCCCCUACAUCUAGAACCGCGUCGGGUAAUGUGUGGGUAACCCACGAGGAAAUGGAGACUCUUGCCGCCCCCUCCAAAACGAAGUCAGAGUCAGAGGAGGGGAGCUGGUCACAGACGCUGGCAUACGGGGACAUGAACCAUGAGUGGAUCGGGAACGAGUGGCUGCCCAGUCUAGGUCUACCUCAGUAUCGCAGCUACUUCAUGGAGUGUUUGGUGGAUGCACGCAUGCUGGACCACCUCACCAAGAAGGACCUCCGAGUGCAUUUAAAAAUGGUGGACAGCUUUCACAGAACCAGUCUGCAGUACGGCAUCAUGUGCCUGAAGAAGCUCAACUACGACAGGAAGGAGCUGGAGAGACGCAGAGAGAGCAGCCAGCAUGAGAUAAGAGACGUGCUGGUGUGGAGUAACGAGCGCGUGAUCCGCUGGGUCCAGAGCAUCGGUCUCCGCGACUACGCCAACAUCCUGCUAGAGAGCGGUGUGCAUGGGGCGCUCAUAGCACUCGACGACAACUUUGAUUACAGCAGCCUGGCCCUGGUGCUGCAGAUCCCCAACCAAAACACUCAGGCUAGACAAAUUCUGGAGAGAGAGUACAACAAUCUGUUGGCACUGGGAACAGAGAGACGAUUAGAUGAG